CCCCCAGCCCCAGCUGCGGAAGGGAAGAAGCACCAGGACCCCCCCGCACGGCCGUAUCCCGAUCCGGGACCCCCCGGUGCUGGGCAUCCCCGAGCGUGGGGAGCACCGAGGGGGUCCCGGCUUCGUGAUCGACGUCUUCUGGGGGGGCUUCGGGGGCCGGAGCGGUGGGUGCUGGCUGCGGGGAGGGGGGGGGCACCCAGCACUCUUGGGCCCCACGGGCACCCCCAGCCCGGAGCUGAAGGGGUUACAGUGUGGGGGUGCGGGUGUCCCUUGGGGUGUCCCCGGUGAGGAGCAGAGCGGGCAGGAUGGUCCCGGGGCGCGCAGGGGCCGAGCCGCCCCCCGGCUGGUACAUCCGGGACGAGGGCCGCGGGAUGCUCUACAAGAGGGGACGGCUCCUAGGACAGGGCACCUUCGGGCGCUGCUACCAGGUGACAGAGGUGACCAGUGGCCGGGUCUACGCGGCCAAGGUCAUCCCGCGAGCCCGGCUCGCCACUCUGGGCAUCGGGGACAGGGUGGAGCGGGAGCGGGAGCUGCAGUGUCACCUGCGCCACCGGCACAUCGUGCGCCUGCACGGGCACUUCACCGACCGCGGCCACCUCUACCUGCUGCUGGAGCUCUGCAGCCGGGGGGUGAGAGCUGCACCCCGAAACCGAGCUGCCGAACCCCGAAACUGA